AACCACAGGAGGAGUUAACCUGUAGCAGAGCGUGUGGUUAAUCUUCUCCUGCGUCCAGCCAAGGGCUUCAAAGUGCUCCCUGCCAGGCUUUCCCCAGCCAGUUUGGAGUUUAUUUCACUCAACAGAGCAAAACCUCACUCAGGGAAUGAAAAUAUCGGUCCUGUCCAAGAAGCUGUGGUGCGUCCACAAGCAGCUGCUUCUCUUGCUCACUCCACUACUGUUUCUGCCUUUACUUCUUACUCUGCCAGAAAAGGAGGGAAAAUGCCUUUACGUAGUGAUACUGAUGGCUACGUUUUGGUGCACAGAGGCCCUGCCUCUGGCUGUCACAGCGAUGCUUCCAAUCUGCCUGUUCCCAACGCUGGGAAUUCUCCCGGCCAAAACAGUCUGCCCUCAGUACUUCAUCGAGACUAACUUCCUUUUCUUCAGUGGCCUUGUGAUGGCAUCGUCGAUUGAGGAGUGGGGCCUGCAUCGUAGGAUAGCAAUGAAAGUUCUUAGUAUUGUUGGAGUAAAACCCGCUUGGCUCAUCUUGGGAAUGAUGAUAACCUCAUCCUUCCUUUCCAUGUGGCUCAGCAAUACUGCCACAACAGCCAUGAUGCUUCCUAUUGCAAAUGCUAUACUGGAGAGCCUAUUUGGGGACCUGGAGACUCUGAAGCAAAAGUGCAAAUCCCCUGAGGGUCACGACAGUGCUGUUAUAAAUGGCCAGACGUCACUGAAGCUCCACUCGCUGCCAUCAGAGCCUUCUGAAAAACAAAUGCUGUCAAUGGAUGGGAUGGAUGCUGUGGAACCUACAGACAUGAGGACGACUGAGGAGAUCCGAUCAGAGUCACAAUAUCAGCUGAAAGUGUGGAAAGGAUUCUUGAUCUGUAUUCCCUAUGCAGCCAGUAUUGGAGGGACAGCCACACUGACAGGCACAGCGCCAAACCUAAUUCUGAUUGGACAGCUCAAAAGCUACUUCCCAGACUGUGAUCUUAUCAACUUUGGCUCUUGGUUUGCCUUUGCCUUCCCCCUUAUGCUUGUCUUUCUGUUUUUGGGAUGGAUAUGGAUCUCUUUUCUCUAUGGUGGACUGAAUACAAGGCUAUGCUUUGCAAAACACGACCACAGAGCCCAGGCAGAAGCCAGAGCCAUAGCUCUAAUUAAAGAAGAUUACAGAAAACUGGGACCCAUGAAUUUUGCAGAAGGGGCCAUCUCUUUCUUUUUUAUUUUAUUUGCUGUUCUUCUGUUCACAAGAGAUCCCAAAUUUGUUCCUGGCUGGUCAGUGUUUUUCAAAAAAGGGUAUGUCUCAGAUGCUGUCACUGGUGUCAUCAUUGUGUCCAUUUUGUUCUUCUUCCCUUCACAGAAACCCUCUCUGAGUUGGUGGUUUGACCCACAAGCUGUAAACACUCCAUACGUUCCUCUGCUUUCGUGGAAAAAAGCCCAGGACUCUGUUCCCUGGAAUAUCAUUCUCUUGCUUGGAGGAGGCUUCGCAAUGGCCAAAGCUUGUGAGGAGUCCGGCCUUGCCUCCUGGAUUGGAGGCCACCUCCAGCCUUUGGCUGAAGUUCCCCCAGCUGUUGCUGUGAUGUUGAUCACUGCUUUUCUGGCCUGUUUCACUGAGUUUGCCAGCAACACAGCCACUAUUAUUAUAUUUCUACCUGUCAUUACUGAAAUGGCCAUCCGUGUCUCAGUGAACCCUCUGUACUUCAUGAUCCCUGCCACAGUGGGAUGUUCUUACGCCUUCAUGCUCCCUGUGUCCACACCACCCAACUCCAUCGCAUUUGCAUCCGGACAUCUCAUGGUCAAAGACAUGGUGAAAACCGGCAUUGUCAUGAACAUCCUGGGGAUCCUCUCAGUCUCUCUGGCGAUGAACACAUGGGGCAUCGCCAUGUUUAACUUGAGCUCUUACCCAGAAUGGGCCCGCGCUGGCAACAAUUCUGAUGUCAUUCCCAAUAUUCACUUCCCCUCCCUGAAGUCAAUUAACACCACACUCUGAAGAUGUAAAUGCAGACUGUAUAUAGAUUUAGAACUAUGUCUGUUUGUAAACACAUUUCUCUGUUACUGCUGUAACUUGCUCUGCUGCCUUUAGGACGCUCGUAAUCACUGUUUUAUACUUUUCAUACUUUAUUCUUUACUUUGGUCACUGCAAGUCUUUAAGAUUUUAGAGGAAGAGUUAUGUGCUGUACAAAACACUGCAUUAUAAUGUACUGUCUUCUUACUAACUGGACCAGAGGUACCCACUGCCUUUAUACACAAAAUAAUUUGUGUGGUAUCCCAUUCCUAAUGCAUAUAGUUAAAUAUGAUGUCCCCUUUGCAGCCAAAGGAAGACUAUCCUCAAGGAUUAAGAGUCUGUUUACUGAAAUGUUUCCAGAAGUCCAUUUGUGAGGUCAGACACUGAUGUUGGAGGAGAAGGCCUAUCUAUCAGUUUCUCUCCUAAUUCAUCCUAAAGGUGUUUCAAAUUAAAAAACUUUAUUGUCCCUGAGGGGUGACUGAUUUUUUUUGGGUUAAGGUCAGGAUCUGUGCAGGCCAGUCAACCUCUUCAACACCAAACAUGCUCAAUGGAUAUUUUCCAAUGAUGCCACAUCAUGUUGGAACAGGAAGGGGGCUGUCCUAAACUGUUCAAAACUGUCCAAAAUGUUUUGGCUUGUCGAAACCUUAACGAAGAAACAAGUAAACUAAGAAUUAACACAGAAUAUUGGACCCAGAAGUGGGUAAUAAGAUUUUGAUCAGGAUGUUAUACCAAAAGCUACAGUUGGGUAAUCUCAGCAAUGGCUACUGGCACAAACCGUUCAUUCCCGAUCACUUCCCAUCAGGAUAUCACUGUUAAAAUCACUGAAAUCAGGGAGCCAUUCUUUCACAAAUGUUUGUAGAAGCAGUCAGCAUGAUCAGGUGCUAGAUGUAACUGAGCUCAUGGACGUGGUUGCAACACCUGAGGUUAAUGAUUUGGAGGGAGGACCUAAUACCUUUGUCAAUAUAUUGAAUAUUUAAAUUCUGCAAUAACCCUUUCAAUUGUCGUAUUUGAUGUGUAUUACUAGAGAGUGCCAUAUUUACUUGCUACAAAUCCUACCACUGGUGGAAGAACAAGAGAAACAUCUGUGAAUAACCUUUUUAAUACAUGUAUUGGUUAAAUUCACUAAGAGAUCAUGUUACUUGCUGGUGAAUCAUUUACCACACAUUUCACUUCCAAUAGUUAAAACCUUUCCCAACCAUACUGAUAAAUGCUAAUUAAUAAGUCUGUACAUUUGUUACAAAGUGGUCUACAUUUGUGUAAUUGCAUUUCUUAAAUAAAGGCAGAUUAUUAUUUA